AUGUCCGCCUGCAACACCUUCACGGAGCACGUGUGGAAACCAGGCGAGUGCAAGAACUGCUUUAAGCCCAAGAGCCUGCACCGCCUGGCCGAGGGUGGCCUGAAGACGACAGCUCCUGAGCAACCCUCCCAGCAACAGAGCCAACCCCCUGCUGGAACUAGACCCAACGGCAACAGCUCCCAGAGGGGAGGCGGAGGCGGUAGCAGUGUCUCAGCUCGCUCUGGCCACUUCCGCCCUCCCGUGGCUAAGAAGCCCACAAUCGCUGUCAAGCCCACCAUGAUGCUGUCCUGCUCUUCCGCCGACCUGGACUUGGAGGGAAACCUACAUCGGCCGCCAGACGCUGGUGAACCCGGCAAAACUUCUGCCUUUACCGUCUGGACCCGCAAUGGGAUGAACCGCAAGAAGCCCGGCGGGCAUAACAACAAUGAAGGGGAAUAUGCCGGGGAGGAGAUUGAGCGUUACAGACAGCGCAGUCGGCACGCACCCAGUGGUAAUGACAAUGGUUUGACUGACAUGCUCAAGGAGAUUGCGGGCCUGGGCUCUGGCCCCAGCGCCUUGUCCGGGUCGAAGGACCUCUUUUUGGGGCGCAUCAGCAACUCCUUCCAGCGCUCUUUAGAGAGAGGACUCCCCGCUUCUGGUUGCUUGGCCAUUGGGAGCAGCAGCGGCAGUGGAGGGGCCGCCCAAAAGAGGGUGUCCCUCAGCAACAGCAUGGAGGUCAUCAGCACCGAAGGAGGGCGCUUCUGCUACCCUGAGUUCUCCAGCGAAGGAGAGGACGAUGAUGAGGAUGAAGAUGACGAAAGUGAAGGGAACGACGACGAUGAACACGAGAGCUGGGAUGAGAGUGACGAGGAGCUUCUAGCUAUGGAGAUCCGUAUGCGGGGCCAGCCGCGCUUCGCCAACUUCCGUGCCGCCACACUUUCCCCAGUCCCCUUUGCCCAGGGGAAGAAGUGGAACACUGUACCGUUACGUAACCGCUCACUCCAGAGGAUCUGCGCCGUGGACUAUGACGACAGUUAUGAUGAGAUCCUUAAUGGAUACCCCUCCACGGACGCCAUUGGAGGCCACAGUCUCCUUCCGUACGGCCCUAAUGACCUGCAGGGCAGCGGCUUCCUCUCCAAUUCGGAGUGCACCACUUCCCCCGAGUCUUCAUCAUCGCUGCCGGAGGACUUACGCACCACUUCCAGCUGCAGCAGCAGUGCUCCCUGUGGCCCCCUGAGAAACGGCCUGCACUCCCCCUCCGCUUUCAGAACACCGGCCCUCCAGGCUGCUGGUACAGACAAGGAACAACAGACCCAGAAGGCUGUCAGUCCACCCAAAGUCACGGAGACCCACAAGGCUGUUCUCGCCAUCCAAUUGGAGGAUCAGGACUGCAGGGAGGGCUUACCUAUGCCCCAAGCUCUUCCCGGGCAGCCGGUGACGAUCAGCUUCAGCCCCACAGAGGAGCAAGCCAAACCUUACCGUGUGGUCAACCUGGAGAAGCAUCUUAUAUGUAAGCCCUACACAGUGGUGGACGUGUCUGCAUCCAUGGCUAGCCCAGAGGAACAAAACCAAGACAGCACUCCCAAACAACCAAAGACUCCCAUUAUCCCCUCUUCCUACCCCAUCUCCCCCUUAUGCCAGCCUCUGUCUCCAGCCUCGCCCAUGUCCCUAUCAUCUCCCAUCUCCCCCACAUCCACCACACCCUCUGUCUUCCAGGGCAAUGCCAGCAAGAAACCAGGUGCCAUCCGCUACCAGGAGGUGUGGACGUCUAGCACCAGUCCCCGUCAGAAGAUUGCCAAAUUGGAUCUGGAGUCCACUGGAGCAUCUGGCCCUGCUGUCCCACCUCGCAACUGCAGCCACAAGUCGGCCCCCACCUCCCCCAUUGCUGGCCUCUCCUCCUCUCGAACUGUACCUGUGAAAUCCCCUAACCUGUCCGAGAUCAAGUUCAACAGCUACAACAACGCAGGGAUGCCCCCCUUCCCUAUCAUCAUCCGGGAUGAUACCACAUAUUCCCGCAGAUCCAAGAACGCCGUCAAGGUGCCUAUCGUCAUCAACCCAAGUGCUUACGACAACCUGGCGGUGUAUAAGAGCUUCCUGGGUCUAAGCGGGGAGGUGCCCCAACUAAAGGAAGGGAGAGUGGCUAGCCACACUUACGAAGAGAUCGGCUCCUCAGAGAGUGUCCAGCCUUCUCCUACAGAGAAAACUAGCGGUAAAGCGGCAUCAGAGAAAGCUGCUGCUGAAGAAAGGAGAGCCGCUGCAGCAGCCCUGAUAAGACAGGAGCUAACCGCCAGAACCACUAAAGACACGACCAUAGCUGCGAGCAUGGCUGCUGGUGCUGUUUCUCCUUCAGCUUCCACAUCGAUUGCUGUUCCAACUCCUCUCACUGUCGCUGCCAUCUUGGCCAAAAGCAGCUCCAGUUCAGCCACUAGUGGGCGCACUCGCAAGAUCAGUGGGGAGACAACAUCCAGCAGAGAGGGGAGCACUGACUUCCCUCUGUCAUCAGGCACUGGGACAGGCCACCGGGAGAAGGCCAGCACUGUGUUGUCCCAGAUCGUUGCCUCUAUCCAGCCCCCACAGUCUCCCCCAGAGUCACCUUCCCCACAUUCUAAAGCCUGCAGUAUCGAGGAGCUGUACGCCCUCCCACCCAAUGCCACCAAAGAAACACUCAGUCGACCCAAGUCUCUUUUCUCCUCCACUGACAGCUGCCUGUCCAAACCCAGGAAGGACACACCCUCUAAGCAGCUGCCCAAAUCCCAGAGUGCCUCAGCAGCCGUGCCCCUGUCCAGCCCCACCAAGUCAGAGCCCAACGCUCCAUUCCCCCCUCCCAGAUCCACCUCUUCCCCAUACUACGCCUCCAACAUCCUUCAGAGGCACUUUGGCCACUGGACCAAGCCUGCCGCCUCCAGCUCCCCCUCGCGCCCCAGUGACGGAGAGACCAGCCCAGGUGGAGGGGAGGGGAGACGGGUGGCGGCAGAGAGCGCCAAGCCCAAACGCUGGAUCUCCUUCAAGAGCUUCUUCCGCCGGCGGAAGGAAGAGGACGAACAGCGGGAGAAGGCGCAGAAGGAGACGAAGAAGGGCAAGCUGGUGGGGCUGGACGGGACGGUCAUCCACAUGCUGCCACCUCCACCCAUCCAACGCCACCACUGGUUCUCUGAGGCCAAGAACGAGGACCCCAGUCAGAAACCCACCAUCAUAUUCACCUACAAGCCAGACGGCAGCGCCUCCGGUGACUGGGAGGGGGAACUGCGGGUGGAGGAAUGUAGAGAAACUGCUCUGCUGUCCCCAGAGGAGAGCCGAGACAUCAGACCAUCUACCACCGAGACUGCCCUCCACUGCAAGGCCAUCAGGUAA